AGACGUGCCCUCGUAGCCUACCCACCUUGCUGAAUCAAACUGGGUCUGGGACUGAGUUCGUGUGGAAGUACGCUCCAAGAACCGGCAGAAGUUUGUCUUUGCCUGCCCCUGUCGCCUGAUCUCCAUGACAUUUACCAGGGGCCUUAAAGAGAGGAUUCCAGGAACCUUGCCAUGUUCAAGGCAGUGCUGAAGAAGAGCCGAGAUGGAGGCAAAGGGAGCAAGAAGGAUUCAGGUGAUGUUAGCGGCCAUAGUGCUCAGAGGAGAUUCCCAGCAGAGGGUAACCCCCUGCCUCAGGGGCCUGGCAGUAGUCAUCUUUAUGCACAAGAUGAGGUAUUGAAGCUAGGCUUUGCCAAGGGAGUGUCCAUGUCUCUUCCUUCCUCACCUCUUCUGCCCCGGCAGUCCUACAUGAUGCCCUUACGCCAAAACAAGAGAUCUCCAGGUCCGAUCAGGAAGCCCAAAUAUGUAGAGAGCCCUCGCGUUCCCUCUGAUGCCAUCAUGUCAGCGCUCAGAAAGGUGGCUGAUAGCAAGGAUUCCUCCCACAAUGCCACCCGCUGCACCCCUGUCGCUGUUGACUGGGACAUACCGAGACGCGAGGGAGGGUGUGCCUGA